AUGCGUCUGCCGACCUUUGUCUCUCUUUUCCUUCUCGUUAUAUCACAAACCGUGUUGUCAUCGCCAUGCGUCUCGUUCGACUCCAGCUUCAACCUUCUUGCAUUCGGUCUUGACGGCAAGGACUGGAAUGCAGGGACACAAGAAUCUUGGGCCAACGGCACUGCCGCUGAUAUAACUGCAAAUGGCAGACCUCCAUUCGAUGGAGUUAACACUACGUGCUAUCUUGCGCAGUUCUUCAACGCAGUCUACGUCUUGAACGGAAACUCUUCCGAUUCGUCGGCGGUGCACAUAUACGAUGCGGCUGGGAAAUCGUGGUCCCGACAGUCUGUCAUCACAGGCUCAUUCGAUGCCACCAACUUUGCCGCCAUUUUGGACCACGACACGAAUGUAUUCUACGCGCUUUCACAAGGCUCGCUCUUCUAUCUCAACAUGGGCUCGAUGACUUCGGCGAAUUCAACUGCCAUUUCCUGGAUAGAUGCAGACAAAUCGCCAUACCCAUCCUCGUAUACAAGCCCCGUAAUGGCGCUCGCUCAAAAUCACAUCCACUUUUUGGACGUGCCUGGCGUACCUGCUGGAAGUGCAGACAUAUUCGUCAUCCACUACAACUAUUUCCAGCCUGCAUCGCAGCCAUACCCAGUCGCGGGCGGUGGCACCAUACCCGCAACGCAGGGAAAGACUGCAUCAUUUUUCCAGGCUGAGGGCGUCCAGCAGGAAUUCGCUUUCAUCCCCGAAGACGGCUCUGCGACUUACGUCAUCAACGUCGAGACGAACACCACUGAGGCAUAUACCGGCCCGUCGACGAAGGACGCCGCAGCCACAUACGCGGCAAGUAUUACUGCCCUUGUACAGCUCGACAGCAAGGGAAAUGUCAUGUUCUUCCCAUACACUGAGGGCGACGUCUCUGUAAAUACGGCCGCAACAUGGACGAAGGUCGCUGCCAUCGCUGCUGUUGCACCAGCCACUUCAUCUUCCGCCAGUUCGAGCACUACUGGUACCGCUGGCGAAACACAGACCAUAAUAAGCGGGGGUGGAGGUCCGACGACCACCGGCUCUGCUUCCGGGCAUUCGAGCGGGAGUCUUGCAGUGAGGAUGAGUGGUCCCCUCGCAGCUGCAGGACUUGUUGGUGUCCUCGCCUGCGUCCUCUGA